UUGCGUGGCCUCUGUUCACUCGUCUUGUCCUCGUCACGAUUGUUGUUGUGUGACUGAAGAACGUCAUUCUCGAUCACUGCUCGGCGUCGCUGGAUCACUUCCAGAACGUCUAUCCUCUUGUCCCCCGCAUUGCUCUCACCACGGCAGGAGCAACCCACGCACUGCCUCAACCCGCUGAUCGUCGCCAACCACAGAGAUCAAGCCAGGCAUCAUGGUUCAUCUGGUCUCAAUGCCUCCUGCUGAGGAGUCCGAUCCGGCUGCCGGCGGCCUGCGACGCAAUGCCACCCUCUAUCUCACCAACGACGACGACUCGUUCACGACCAGUGUCUAUGGCUCCCGCUAUGCCGGUCAGGAUCUCCCCACCACGGAGAUGCCCGAAAACGAGAUGCCCAGAGAGGUCGCCUAUCGCAUGAUCAAGGACGAGCUCAGCCUUGACGGCAACCCCAUACUCAACCUGGCUUCCUUUGUGACCACUUACAUGGAGGAAGAGGCAGAGAAGCUCAUGACAGAGGCGUUCCCCAAGAACUUCAUCGACUACGAGGAAUACCCUCAGUCGGCGGAGAUUCAGAACCGAUGUGUCUCCAUGAUUGCCCGCCUCUUCAACGCACCGCAGCGUGACGGAGGGGCCGGUGGUGCUGUAGGCACAUCUUGCGUGGGCAGCUCCGAGGCCAUCAUGCUCGCUGUCCUCGCCAUGAAGCGUCGCUGGAAGAACAAGAGAAAAGCCGAGGGCAAAUCGACAGAGAACCCCAACAUCAUCAUGUCGUCGGCCGUCCAGGUCUGUUGGGAAAAGGCCACCAGGUACUUUGAGAUUGAGGAAAAGCUAGUGUAUUGCACCCCUGAGCGAUUCGUGAUCGACCCGGAGGAAACCGUCAAUCUCAUCGACGAGAACACCAUUGGCAUUUGUGCCAUUCUCGGCACGACAUACACCGGCGAGUACGAAGACGUCAAGGGCGUCAACGAUCUCCUUGAAAAGCGCGGUAUCGAGUGUCCCAUCCAUGUGGACGCCGCCAGUGGUGGCUUCGUGGCCCCAUUCGUCGUCCCCAACCUCCAGUGGGACUUCCGCCUCAAGAACGUUGUGUCAAUCAAUGUCUCUGGACACAAGUAUGGGUACGCGUAUCUUUCUCCUGGCUAUUCGCCACAUAACCGUUAUUAUUGCAUGUGCCAGCAGCUGACGCCUUUUAGGCUGGUGUACCCUGGUAUUGGCUGGGUUGUCUUCCGCGGUGCCGAGUACCUGCCCGAAGAACUCGUCUUCAACAUCAACUACCUGGGUGCCGACCAGUCGUCAUUCACACUGAACUUCUCCAAGGGUGCUUCCCAGGUCAUCGGCCAGUAUUACCAGCUCAUUCGGCUAGGUCGUAAAGGCUAUCAUGCCAUCAUGUCAAACCUCACAAGGACAGCCGAUUACUUGUCAGCCUCGCUGGAAGAUCAAGGCUUCGUGAUCAUGAGCAAGAAGUCUGGGCAAGGUCUUCCCCUGGUGGCUUUCCGCCUCAAGGACGACCCCAACCGUCACUACGACGAGUUCGCCUUGGCCCACCAGCUCAGAAUUCGAGGCUUCAUCGUGCCAGCUUACACAAUGGCGCCGCACACUGACAAUCUCAAGAUGCUGCGUGUUGUGGUCCGCGAGGACUUCUCGAGAACCCGCUGCGAUGCACUCAUCAGGGAUAUCAUCCUGUGUACUGGCCUGCUUGAGAACAUGGAUCGCGAAACGGUCAAGAGGCAAGACGAGAUGAUCAAGAAACACUCUGUCAACAGCCGGAAAUCUCAGCACAACCACGAGAAGUUCCGCCGGGAGAAACAUUCUUUGCAAGGAAAACACGGAAAGACACACGCAAUUUGUUAAGGCCUCUGAGUGAAAGCGUGGGGUCGACAGAGACGAUGACAGGAGGCAGUAGCGGGCCGGUUUAGUUGCACGCCGUACAACCCUCAAGCUGCUACAAUGAAACAAAGCUUAGCACUAGUCUCAAACUGCGAAGUCCCGCGAUUUUACUAGAGGCUGCGGCCUGCCUCAAAAGGGAUGCGUUGCUGGCAC